AUGAUAAAGUACUGGCCAAAUAAACAAGGAAUUGAUUUAAAUAAUGAGGUAGCUUAUCUAUUUUUUAGUACAAGACAAAAAUUUUCCUAUAAUUUAGUAAAUAAAGCAAAUGAUAUUUUGUAUAUAGAUUUAUUAGAUAAUAAGAAUAGAGAUAAACUAUUUUGUGUUGUUUUACUAGAAUUAGAAAUUCUGCUUUUAGAUAUUACUGAAUUAGAUUUGAGUGUAAAAAAUAUUAAAAUAUUAAAUUAUAAAAUUUUAUAUGAUCUUAUUAAAAAAUCGUUGAAACAUUUUAUCUCUCAAAUGAAUUCAAUUACAUAUAUUUCAUUAGAAAAUAAGGAUUCUAAUUACUUACAAGUGAUUUUAUCGGAACAUAAAUUAUUAUUAGAAAAUUUAUUAAUUUAUUUAGUAUUUGGUUCUUCAUAUAUUGACUAUAAUAUGUUUGUUUUUGAUAAUAUUAAUACACCGAAGCAGCAUGUUUCUAUUUUAUUAGAAAAUCUUAUUAUUCAAAUUAGUGAUUUAGUAAUUUUUACUAUUUUUGAGGGACUGAAAUCGUUAUCUCAAAUAUCGUCUUUCCUUAAAAAUAACAAGCUAUGUAAUAGUUCAUAUGUUACUAUUAGAUCAAUAGCAUGUUUUCGUAAUAAUUUAAUCCUACAAAACUUAAAACAUCUGUAUUUUAGUCAACCUAAAGCAGUGUAUAGUUCACGUUACAAGGUUUGGCUAAUAAGCUCGAAUGGUUUGGUUUCAAAAUAUAUUUCUAUUGUUAGGUUAGAUGAUUUAUCAAGUUUGUUACCAAUUCAAUCUUUAUUUGUUUUUUUUAUUGAGAUACAAGAUGUACUUAUUCCUUAUACAGAAAAGCUACUAUUGAUUUUAAGUAAAGUGACUAUAUAUAUAUUAAUUAAUGUUUUGGCGAAUAGUAUUAUAUUUUGUAUACGUGCCCUAGUCUCAAACUUAUAUCGUUUACAUGGAUAA